UUGUAUGUGUACCUACCUAACUAAUACCUACAUGAAGGCGGUGGAUUUUUGCAAAAAAUAUCUCAAAUAUUGGCAGAUUCACCAGUAAUAUUUUUUAUUUUUGUAUUAAAAACAUCAAUCUGGAAGUCUUACUCGCAACAAGGGAGGACGCCGAUAUGACGUCCGCGGUUAGAAGAAGAGAACAAGACGAUUCGGGAGAAUACUCGGACGCAUCGCAAGAUAUAGAGCAAAACAACACGGGAAAUGAUGCAGUACAGCAAGAAUCAGAUUAUGAUUCGCAAGGGAGUGAUUCUGAGCAUUCACAAGAAGAUGGGGAGAAACAGGAAACAGAGAAGCGUGUAGAUGAUGACGAAGAUAGAAGUAACCCUCAGUAUAUCCCAAAGCGAGGGACAUUUUAUGAACAUGAUGACAGAACAGCAGCAAGUGGUGAAGAAUCCAGUAACACAACACUAGAAGCUCCAUCUGAGAAGAAAGAGGGCUUGGAGACUCCAUCUGAGAGACGUCGAGCCCCACGCAAGUCCGAAACAGUGAACAAAUGGUCACAUGACAAAUAUAAUGAGAACGAACAGUUGCCGAAAUCUCGUGACGAAUUGGUAGCUAUAUACGGAUACGAUAUUCGAAACGAAGACGCGCCGCCUCAUGCAAGACGUAAUAGACGCUAUGGGCGCGGCCCCACUAAGUACACGCGCACGUGGGAAGACGAGGAGGCAUACAAGCGGCAGGUUUUGCAGGCGGCACACAAGAAGCCACCAAGCCCUGCCGACUUUCCCGAGCUCAGCGCUGCCAACCAGACGAGAAGGCCUCGAGUGCCCCGGCCGCGUUCUAAAUCACAGCCGACUUCGAACGACUCGUCAGAGAAUGGCUCUCAGCUACGAAGGAAUGUGUCUAUAAAAGCUAAAGACAAGCCUGCUAGGCCCAACCCGUCUAAACUUAAGAUGCCCAACAUGGAAAAUCUCACCAUCACUACUACUAAUAAUAACAGUGAUAGUGUACAACGUCGGAUAGGGAUGACGCAGCAGAGACCUGUCCACAAUGAGCCAUCCAACAAGAGAAACUCACAGACGCAGAAUGCAGUACCAAAGCAACCACAAAACCAACAGCAACAGACAUUGAAGCAACAGCAACAAAGUUCACAGCAUGCAACACAGUCGCCGCAGCAACAAAGUCAACCGCAGAAAACCCAGCAACAGCCGCCACAAACAGCACCCUCGGCAGGCAGUGGCAGUAAACGGUACAGUAGCUUGCGUCAGAGACCUUUAGCCGAGUCGUAUUCGCCGCAACCGCAGCAACAACCGCAACCACAACCGCAGCAACAGCCGCAACCACAACCGCAACCGCAGCAACAGCUACAGCCACAGCAACAGCAACAAUUACAGCCACAGCAACCGCCGCAGCCGCAGCAACAACCGCCCCAGCAACAAAAUCAACAGUACAGGCAUCAUGGCGAGUUUGUGUCCGGUGGGAAUCAACCCAGUGGCCCUCACCAGGGCAGCCCCGUCCCGCAGUUGCAUCACCAACAGAUGCUGCAUCAGGUCCAGCUAGGUGGCACGGGGGUGAACCCAACACAUGGUCCGUCGCCCCCGCAUCAGAACGUGCCACAGACCCAGCACAGUCAACAGGUGCGGCUUGGUAUCCUGGAGCAGCAACAAGUGCAGCAAGUGCAGCAACAGCAACAGCUGGUGACACAUCAGCAUCACUCAUUGCACAAUAUACCAACGCACACUAUGGCCCCGCUGCAGGCAGCUCAGGGCUACGCCCCGCCGGCCAUGAUGCCGGCGCAGUACAUGCAGGGUGCUGGAGGUAGCGGCUCCGUAUACGGCGCGGGGCCUAUGUACCAGCCCGCAGUGCCGCACACGCCAUACGUGCAACAGAUGUACCCGCACCACAACUAUGGUACACAGGCGGGUGGCGUGACGUACUACGCGCCGUGCGGUGACCAGGAGCAACCAACUCGAGCACAGAGACGACCCACGGCCGCCAUACCCAUCGUGCGACCUGUCCCAGAGAGGGCGGCCAAUUCGUCAGAGAAGGAGAAUAUCGACAGGAUCGUGGAGAACAUGUUCGUGAGGAAACACUGGCGUGGGAAUAGCUCCGAGGCAACAAAAGAUAAACCGGAGAGCAGAGGCUCUCAGGAGCCGCAGAGUAAAGAGUCCUCGCAGCCCAACAGUCUCACCUCCAGCUCCAUAUCCACAGACUCUAAGCAAGAAGAGAAGAAAGAAGAAGCCUGACGCCCGAGAAAUGCUAGAUAGGACUUUUUUCUACUCUGAUUGUGAGUCUGGACUACUGAUUGUGAGUGUCUAUUGUUCUCCUGGACUAUAAUCGUGAGCCUGUACUAUUUUGAUUGUUAUCAAGGACUAAUUUGAUUGAUAUCUUAUGCUAUUUUUGUGAGCCUGGACUACUAUGAUUGUUAUUUAAGGCUACCGACUACUUGAGUGCGAGUUAAAUUUCAUUUAUAUAUUUCGAAUAUACUUCCCCAAAUCAAUGGUGGUAUAGAAAAUCUUAUUAUAAUCAAAUUACUGUCAAAAUUAUAGGGACGAUUUGAAAAAAUAAGCUUGGCUAUAGUUUGAAAGCAUAAUUUUUAUACUAUGUUAAAUUAAUUGUUAAAGUAAUAAAAAUCAAUAAUAAAAAACCGCAUUCAGUAUGUCAUUAGAUACAUUAUUACUUACAAGCCAAAUCAGUCAUAUAUAUAAAGUAUACAUCUUUAGUUUUUUAAUUACCAAAAAAAAUUGGGCAAUGUAGAAGUAUAUUAACUAUAAAAUCCGAUUUAUUUGUACUGGAAAAUUACAGCUUUAUUAGAUACAUAUUACUUAACUUAAAAAAUCCUGCCUAAAAUAUGGUUUAUUAUAGAAAGUGUGACGGGGAGAUUGCGAGAAGUCAAGUUCGCUCAUAUAAUUAAGUAUCUUAUGUAUUGUGGCCUAAGUGAUAACAAAAGUUAAAUAAGUGGUAUAUCAAUAAGAUAAAAAAACAUCUACUAGAACAAUGAACCUAAAACUAAAAAACCUUAAAAAAUAUAAUAUAAUAACUAAAUAUAUUAUUAAAAAGAGUCCCUUUAGACAAGGUUCCGAAGAUACUGGCAGCAUUCCCCCUUUGAAUAGCGAGACUAAUUCUUUGUCCGAGAUAUCUGCCAGCCGGCGCCUAUUUCUGCCGUGAAGCAGUAAUGUGUAAGCAUUACUGUGUUUUGGUCUGAAGGGCGCCGUAGCUAGUGAAAUUACUGGGCAAAUGAAGCUUAACAUCUUGACGAGGUGACGAGUGCAAUUGUAGUGCCGCUCAGAAUUUUUGGGUUUUUUGAGAAUCCUGAGCGGCACUGCAUUGUAAUGGGCAUGGCGUAUCAAUUACCAUUAGAUGAACGUUCUGCUCGUCUCGUCCCUUAUCAUAAAAAAAAAAGCUCUUCGGUCUCCUGUGAUGUCGACUAACCUUUUUGCUAUUUCCUUAAAAAGCCUUAUAGCGCUAGGACCCCAUGGACCAAGGGUCUUGACACGGAUUGGGACAAAAUCAUAUUCGGAGCCUAGACCCUAGACAAGUGUAUGUAUUUAUAUAUAAGAGAUUCCCACCUAUGUAUUGACUAAUAACAAUAUCUCUGGAACCAUAAGGCGUAGAGACUUGAAAUUUGGUAGGAAUAUUCCUUUCGCCGAGAAGAAUAUUCAGGUCAGAAGUCUAAGAACAGAAUUUACGAAAUUCCACCCUCAAGAGUUUUUUUUUAUUAUGAACAGAACAAUGUCUGUCGGGUCAGCUACUAUAUAAGAUAUAUACUUCUUCAUUUUUUGUGAGUACAUCCAUACAAUUAAUGUUGUUGAACUUUUCUAUGAUUUCCUAUGUUCUCGGGAUAAUUUUAUGACAAUUUUUUUCCUAAAUGUGUUCAGUAAUAGUAACUGAUUUAUCUCAUUUUUUUUGGUAAUUUUAAAAUAGUGGUGUAUAUAUGUUCAGUUUAAUGCAAGUAGUUCUAGACCAGUAAGGUAGUUAAUGUCCAAAAAUAUGAGGAAGGAACGACCUGUCCUUACUGUAAAAAGCGCUAGAUAAACUAGUAUUAGGACAUGUUUUAUUUAUUGUUUGUUAGACUCUUCUGUGCUCGAAUGUAAUAAUAAAUUUGCUAAGGCUGAGAUCUGUAGAGCGUACUGAGACUUUGCUCAGACUUUACUUACGUAAAACUUAGCUGAGUGUGAUAAAACGCGAAAUUGAUUAUUGCAUUGGGCUAUCUUAACUUAAGCUCAGCAUAUUUUCAUAUGUCAUCUAUACAUCUAUAUCUAUACAUAUAAAUGAAAUUGGAGUGCCUGUUUGUAAUAUUGAAAUAACCGCUUUUUACUACAUGUAUAUGAAUAUAUAUACAGGUGGUGCCAAAGUUAUGGGACAUGAAGGGAAAGUACCUUAAAUAUAGAAGAUAGGCUAUUUUACUGAAAGAAGACUUUAUGUUAUUUUUAAAAGUUAGUAAUUCUGUAUUCAAAAAUUUUCUAAAAAUUACUUGCCUCGUCUGGGAAUCGAACCGACUUAAAUGUAAAAAAAAUACCCCUACUUUUAUGAUGCCAAUCGAAAGAAUGGCCAAAAACUAAUAAUCUUCUUAAGUUAACUUAUGCAGAAUUACUAACUUUUAAAAAUAACAUACAGUCUUCUUUCAGUAAAAUAGCCUAUCUUCGAUAUUUAAGGUACUUUCCCUUCAUGUCCCAUAACUUUGGGACACCUGUAUACACCAAAAUAUAUUUUUUUUAAAACUGUUGUCUGCCUGUUUGUUCCGGCUAAUCUCUGCAAUGGCUGGACCGAUUUUGACGGGACUUUUAUUGGCAGGUAGCUGGUGUAAUAAGGAGUAACUUAUGUUUAUUUUAGAAAAAAACUUUUAUUUUAGAACUAUAAUGUAAUUUUGCAAUGUCUAAGAAACGGUGUAACUCUAAAAAUAAUUUAUAUAGCAAAACAACGGUUGCCGGCUCAGCUAGUUGACUAUAAAAACGUAAUCAAAGAUUGCGGUAAGCUUACACUCAGCUUAGUUUUACGUAAGUCUCAGUAUAGUCUAAGUACACUCUCAGCCUAAGACUCACAUGUGGGUGAUACCUAAGUAUCAUCAAAAGAGACGAACAAGCACAAUAUAUAUAUAUAUAUAUAUUUAAAGCUAAUUGUGUUUUUAGUGAAAGUUUCUGUUUUCCACGUUUGGUAAAAAUAGGUUUUUCUCGGGCAUGAGAGUCUUAAACACGCUAUUUUCAAUAAUCUUUUUUUGUUAUUAUGAGCAGAUGGAUCACAAUAAUAAAUGGGCGUCCAUUAAUUACGUUUUCGCUGAAUCUCAUCCAAUCUCACGUCAGGGAGGUCUUGGAAACUAUGACGUAUUUUUUUUUCUACAUGAAACAGUGUAAAACACGAGUAUAACUUCAACGUAAUGUAUGUAUGUUCCAAACUCUGCUGUGGAAGAUAGUUCAUGAAUGUCCGUGGACUUGAUUUGAAUAACGAUAAAACUAUAUAUCUCAGAUCAUUUAUACGUCUAGAUGUAACAGCUGUGAAAACGUCAAAAAAUUGAGGCUGACAGUUAACCUCUAUAUUUAGCAAUGCACGCACACUAACACAAAGUGACAUACAAAUCGCAAGACGUAGCAAACGAGUAAAACCUGGCCUGUUUUCAUCGGUUCUAUCUAGACAUAUAAUUUAUCUAAGCUGUAAAUGUUGAUUUAAACGAGUGGCAAUGAGUUUCUUGCCACUUCUUCUCAUUAAAGCUCAACCUUACCCGAAGUGGUGGUAAAUGUAAAAAGAAAAAGAGUCAUAAUCAUAAGUGUCAUUUCCUUGACCUACAUGAGUGAAGUGAUUUUAAAUAGAUUUCAUUAGAAAAGCAAAUCUACUACGAAUUUACCUACUAGUAUUUUAUUGUUUUAUUUACUCAGUGUGAUUCUAGACUGUGUUUUUAUAUGUAUUUAAUAAUAAUAUAGCAAAACAGUUUAAAUUAACAGGCGAUCAGCACAGGCUAAACUAUUUAUAUAGGAACUGAGCAGUUUUAAAAAUCUCACGACAUUUCACAGAGUCGGGUCGAACAAUUGCUUAAAUCGAUUCACGUAAUUAAUGGAUGCCCUUAGUCUCUAGAUUGAACGUGUCUUUUGCCUGUAUUACACACACACGCACACACACAUUUUACAAACCGGAACCCAUCAUUGCAGCGUUGUUUCGCUGCAGAAAUAUUCUUGUACCUAAGAUGAACACACAGUUACUUUUACUUUCAAAGCGUCGACGGGGCUAUAGAUUGACUCGUUGAAUCUCACGACGGUCACAAUACUGUAAUAACAGUACUUUACCUUCGUACUAGAGCGCUCGGAUCGACGCACGCACACAUACACAUGAUUUACACGGCCGCCAAGCAAUCUUGGGAAGAAAAGACUUGAGUGUCACGCCAUGCGCCACCGAGACUGGUCGACCGCUGAGUCACGCCAUUGUUCUAUUACUUGUACUAUGCCGCGGGCGAUGGCGAGGGCUUGCUCGGAGUUUCCCUACGAGAUCGAAUCAGAAAUGAGGAGAUCCGUAGGAGAAGCAAAGUCACUGACAUAGCCCAAAUGAUUGCGAAACUGAAGUGGCAGUCGGCAGGGCACAUAGCUCAACGGACAGAUGGCCGUUGGGGUAGUACGUCCUUUAAUAGCGACCACGGAAGACGUAGUGUUGGUAGGCCCCCACGAUAUGGACCGACGAUCUGGUCAAGAUCACCGGAAUAGCUUGGAUGAGGGGAGCGCAGGACCGAUCGUCAUGGCGAUCUUUGGGGGAGGCCUUUGUCCAGCAGUGGACGUCUUCCGGCUGAAAUGAUACCACAGUGACCGGUCCAAUCCUCGCUACCACGUAUCAAUGUGCUUUUGGUUUUCGAGUCCAUAUGUACCUACGUCUAUUCGACGGUCGACUGUUUAUGUUCGGCAACCCUCUUAUGAUACGUCUGAGAGAGUAUGAACCGCAGUUGUCACCUCCCAGGUGAGGUUAAUGAUCAUUUUCCUCUUCCAUAAUAAAAUAAUAUUAAGCUAGUUUUUCUGCACACGAAUUUCCUUUUCUAGCAUACCUAGUGGCGCAUAUGUGAGCGUAUACAUUACAAUAAGCGCUUGGUACUUUGUUGAUAGUAAAGCUCCGUGGUAAAUUAGGCCUUGACAACAUACAAAGAACGACUAGGAUCUGUUACGGGGAUUUAUUUUUUAAAUUGAAAAAAUGGUUUUGUUAAUGACAAAAUUGAAAUAAAACUACGACAAACCUGCGUCGUUGAAUGCAGAAAGUGAACUGAGGUCUGUACUGAGUUCACAACUUAUGAAGGCUAGGAAAUUAGUAAGGGAAGACGGGAGUGGUUAUAUGUAUGGUUAUUACUACUACUCGGACAUAUAAUAGAAUGAAAUAUGGCUAUAAGUCCCAUCUCUUUUACUCCGCUCGUUAUCACAAUCUUUUGUUUCGUUCAUAACCUUUCUUUUGUCGUCGUUCAUUAUAAUGUGGAUCCGGCCUAAAGCGCGUCUACUAUUACUUAUAUACUGUGAACAGUGCGCAAAAGGGUAUGGCUAUAUUCGCACUCAGUCAUAUAAUUAGAUGAUACAAAGAAUAUGAUAAAUUUGUAUCAAAAUGAAGUAUUUUACAUAUAAUGUUGGAAAUAUAUCCUGUGAAAACGAUCUCGAAUUCAUAUUUCAAUUAUUAUGUGUAGGUAGGAACAUUAUUUAGUUCAAUGUCAGAUACUUUUUAACUUAAGCAUAGCUUAUUAGAGCAGCCCGACCCGACACGACCCGUCCUCGAUACGUGUCGUUACUGUUCCGUAGCCGUGUCGAGUCGCCUCGGUCGCAACCUCGCCCCACGAGAUGUCGAGCCAGCGCGGGAGCCUUCUUUGCACAGGCUUCCAGCAACAUUAUGGGUACCACAACGGCGCCUAUUUCUGCCGUAAAGCAAUAAUGUGUAAACAUUAUUGUGUUUCGGUCAGAAGGGCGCCGUAGCUACUUAAAUUACUGGUCAAAUGAGAAUUAACAUCUUACGUCUGAAGGUGACUAGCGCCUGAGCGGCACUGCAUUGUAAUGAGCAUAGCGCAUCAAUAACCAUCAACUGAACGUCUUUCUCGUCUCGUCCCUUAUUAAGGCCAAUGUUUGCAGGGUAUAUUUACGAUUGUGUUACGUUGUAUUUAUAUCAAUCGCUCAUCGCGACGCUAAUGUCGGUUUUAUUCACCUCAUAGGUACAUUAUCUGUUUAUUUGACCAUAGUCAAUUUAAUUUAGAGUAGUCAGUUUAGAGUCUAUUAAGAUUAUUAGAAGAUAAAGAAACAUUUAAUAUAAUAAUUUAACUAACGUAAGUAUUAUUAAUAAAAUUAGGCAAAUCAAAUAGGUAAUUCUUUCUUCUGUCGUAGUGCGAGUUGUAUUCGUAGGCAGUCGGAUUGCUCCUGGACUUUACAUCCACUAGUAAGUAGCUAAUAAUAGUACAAGAUCCCAAUGCUCAAUUCUGCAGAUAUCUGAUUUUUUGAUAAAACUUAUAAAAUAAACCUUGAGGGAGUAUAUGUAUGAGCUAUAGGUUACCUGUAAAAAAAUUUGGCAGUGACUUGAAAUUAAUUUUCUGAUAUAAAUACAACUAUAUGUUUUUUUUUAAUAAAUUUUACAUCAUUUUAAAGGAAAUUAUGUAAAGAACUGAUAAAAAAAGAGUCAGCCGCAAAAUUAGGUUUGCCUGGUUUAAACUGGUUUAGUAUUGUUGAUUAUUUACAGUUACCUGUUUGUUUUAAUUUAACGAUGGUAAGUUAAACUUCUGUAUUAUUGCUCUUCAUUCUGUGUGUUUGGGCUCGAGAUGAUAAUCAGACAGUGACAGCAGCGAAUGAGUCUAGACUCUAGCAUGGCUCUAGACUCGAGAGAGUCUAGAACCAUUUGGGGACGUACUCAACAACUCCAGCCUAGCGACUCUAAAAAAAAGCGAUUCACUCGAUUGUAUGAAACGUGCAGUCAUUGAUAGAUUGACAGAUGACGUUUUAAGCAACUGAUCGCUUUCAAACUUAGCCGGAUUAUACUUCGUCGCCAAUCGCCAUACUGUAAUUACUACUGUUUCAAACUUAUGUCAAAUCACUGUACGUUUCAUGCCUCUUAUUAUGUAGUAAUUUACAUCCUCUUUGGACAACUUAUCUAUGGAUUGUUGGCGGGUCAGGUGCUCUAGCAAGCUAAAAUAACGAUCGAUCGAAUAACAAUUAUUAAAAAGCAUUAAGCAUUUUAUACCACUAUAUAUUAUAUUUUACGUGUUACUUUAUAUAGAAAAAAGGAUUGAGUUGUUUUAUGAAACCACGAUAAAAGUGAAACUUUUUCACAUUAUAAACAUUUAACUAAAAAUUUUUGGAAUAAUAUUCCACUAAAAGUAUAAAAAUCGCUUUAUCAAUCUUAAUUUUAUACUUGGAAAAUUGGAAUGAUAAUGGGAAAUAAUAAUAAAAGUAGACUAAGUCUCCAACUAAUAUUUUUAUUGAAGCCCUGGUUAAAAAUAUUGAUUGAAAAGGAUUACAUGAAACACUGACAAACAACAUUUACAUUAAACACUGACAAAAACAUACAAAAUAGCGUGGAGCACUUGGCACAAAUGAGUAAUAGCCUAUACACUACACGGUCAGCUGCUGCGAACUAUAGGCGCCGCCCGACCGUCACGCGACAUGCAACACACAGACGAAAAAGUUUGAGACAAUGUAAUAAAAGUUUCACUUUAAUAAAUUAUCAAUUUAAAAGGCUUGGUGGUCGAAAAGUGCAGCUCUAAUUUAAUCUUUGUCUGUUUGUGAGGCUUUGCCUCAAAUACGUAAAUAUGAAGAAAUAACAUGUUAUGUUUGCUAGUCUUUGAAUUAUUAGCGAUAUAAGUUCGUUUUUAAGUUAAAUACUCGACAUGGCGAUGACGACGUUCAAUAUUGUUUUAUUUAUGACGGAGAUAUUAAAUUGAAUUAUGCUUUUGUAUUCUAGUACACACAGUUAUUUAUUAUUAAGUAAAUAUUCUUUAAAUA